UUUUCACACAUCCGGUUAGUUGUCAUCGGAGGAGUGUAUUGAUUGAAUUCUGGUGUUGUCAAAAUGUCUACAAGAUCAGAAAAAGAACGACAAAAACACUUGCAGGAAAAAUACCAGGCUACAUUGGCAAACCUUUUGAAAGACGAUGAUAACAAAUAUUGUGUUGACUGUGACGCAAAAGGUCCAAGAUGGGCUUCCUGGAAUUUAGGAAUUUUCCUUUGUAUCAGAUGUGCAGGAAUACACAGAAAUCUUGGUGUACAUAUAUCAAAAGUCAAAUCUGUAAAUUUAGACUCAUGGACUGCCGAACAAGUAGCAAUGAUGAUGGAAGUUGGAAACAGUAGAGCCAGAGCAGCUUAUGAAGCACAAGUACCAGACAGUUUCAGAAGACCACAGACAGACUCCGCUCUAGAAUCCUUUAUAAGAGCAAAGUAUGAACAUAAAAAGUAUGUUGCCAGAGAAUGGGUGGUGCCUAAGCCAACUAUACCAAAGGAGUUAAAAGGAGACACGCUGGAAAUGGAUGAAAAAACAGAAAGAAAGAAAAGGCCUAAACAACAGUCAUCUAUACAAAUAGAGGCACCUAAAUCUAGUGUACCAAGGUCACAGCCAGUAGAAAAGAAAACACAGAACACAACUCCUCCUCCUCCAACACAGCCUAAACAGACCUCCAAUACAGAAGAUUUACUUAGUCUCAAUACAUCACCUGCAAAACAACCAGCUGCGCAAUCAUCAGAUUUACUAGGAGAUUUAGUAGACAUCAUGGGACCAUCUGUAUCAACUAGUCAAAAUGGCAGUAUUCAGUCUAGUCAACCUGUUGAUUCAGGAACUCAAAUGCAGAAUGGUGAUUUGGAAGCUUCAUUAUUUGAUGAUGGUGCAGCUAAAGUUCAGGAGAAAUCCACAAAAGAUUCAAUCUUGGCCUUGUAUGGUCCUAGUAGUCAGCCACAACAACAGCCCAUGUAUGGUGUCCCUGGUGGCACACCUUAUUACAAUGUGUCACAAAGUGAUAUGGGAUAUUAUAAUCAGUACGAAGCAGGUGGUAUGUACAUGCCUCAACAGAACAUGGGAAUGUAUGGUGUGCAACAGCAGCCCAUGAUGAAUAACCAAGGAGGUAUGCCACAACAAGCCAUGAUGAAUAACCCUGGAGGCAUGCCACAACAGUCCAUGAUGGCUAACCAAGGAGGGGUGCCACAACAGUCCAUGAUGAAUAAUCAGUAUAAUCAACAGUCUGUGCCAAUGCAACAGAAUCCAAACAUGUAUGGUAUGAUGGGACAACAGAAUAUGCAGCCUUCAAUGGGAAUGUAUAAUCAACAACCACAAAUGGCCACUGUGCAGUCCAUGCAGUAUAAUCAGAUGCAGCAACAGAUGAAUAAUAUGAGAUUAAAUUCUGGUAACAUGAUUGGACAACCAGUAGGGGCAACAUCAAAUGGAGGAAUGGGCAACUGGGGAGUACAGGGCAAUAGUGGACAUACUCUCUCUACAAAUCUUUGGCAAUGAUGACGUUAUAAUUAGGCUUAUUUUUCGCAUUCCAUUUAUUCAUGUGAUGGUAUUGUUAAUUUUAGAAUUGUUUAAUGAGAAGAUGAAUGUAUGAAAUAGUGGAUGUUGAAAUUUGUUGAAAACAUUUGUCACUGUCAGUACAUAGUGUAUUAUUUCUUGAAUUCACGUCGUCAUUGUCUGAAUAUGAUGGAAAUCAAACACAAAACCAUUGACAGUGCAUAAGCUUUCAAUAAUAAAUUGCUUUCAAUGCAGUUGUUCAAUUAAAAAUUAAUAAAAUAAAUAAGAAAAUAUCAUUAUGAAAUAAUCUUCAUAAAAGGAUGAAAAUUUUUGAGAGUUGUUGAAGCUGAAGAUGUUUUUUUAAAUACAGGGAUAUUUUAUGACUUAAUGAUUCCAAAAGAAAUUAAAGUUAAGAAAUAUGAUAUGAUUGAUGUGAAUGUGGUAUGAAUGUGUAUUUUAUAUCUUGUUGGAUCAAGUUUGAUGUAAUGAAAAUAUUGAACUGUAAAGUAUUAUUUUCAAACUUUGUAGGGAAAGUAUAGUGAUGUAGUGUGACAUGUCAGGUUCAAACGACAUGUAUUUUUUCUAUUAACAUUUGCUUAUUCAGUAAUACCAUCUUUAUAUAUACAUUAGCUUGUUACGUUGACAAAGGGUGAUAUUAAAGCAUAUUUGACAACUCACAAAUUAAAAACAUAGAAAUAGCCAAGGGCAAAGGAGCAGCUCUAUGAUAAAAUGUUGUUUUUCAUUUUAAACUUUUGACAUGUUGAUAAUUGCAAUAUAAAUAAGAGAUUGUGAAAAUGCCUCUGGAAUUAGUAUUUUUUUUGUGUGUUUUUUUUCAAUUUAUUUUUUAUUCAGUAACUAUUAUUGUUUUUUUACAUAAAAACAUUUUUUUCUUUUAUCAUAAUCAGAUAAUCUAUAAAUUGAUAUUCAAUGAGUUAUAUAGUAAUUAUAUUUUGUAAUAUUUGUUAACAGUGCAAAUUCAUAUUUUGAAAGCCAUACAAACUUUUUCAAAAGAAUCUACAGCAAUUACUGAAGGACUCAUUAAUACUUUGAAAGAGAACAUUAUGCAAAUUUAGCUAGGCAGUUUUAAAGUUAAAAAUAAAUGUGUGUUUACGUAGAUUUUUAAUUAUGUAGAAGGUGAGGGUAGCAUAAAGGUCAUUCAGCAAUCAUACAAUCCACACUUUCAGAAUGGAAAUGUGUCUACAUUUUUUGGUUACAAAUUUUAGCUUGUAAGGAAAAGUAUGUUAUUUCAUGUUUUAUCUUAUAAUGUAAAUAGUUAAAAUGAGGUUUUAUUACAUUUAUUGAAAUCAAGAUUCUAUAGGUCAAAAUGAAUGAGAAUUCAGAUUCUAUAGGUCAAAGUGAAUGAGAAUUCAGAUUCUACAGGCCAAGGUGAAUGGGAAUUCAGAUUCUAUAGGUCAAGGUGAAUGGGAAUUCAGAUUCUAUAGGUCAAGGUGAAUGGGAAUUCAGAUUCUGUAGGUCAAGGUGAAUUGGAAUUCAGAUGCUAUAGGUCAAGGUGAAUGGGAAUUCAGAUUCUAUUGGUCAAGGUGAAUGGGAAUUCAGAUUCUAAAGGUCAAAGUGAAUAUUUUGAUGCCACUUGUGCAAUAAGAAGAUACAUAUUCAAUUGGCUUGUUUUAAUUAUAAUCAUUACUAUGGAUGAUAUAUAUGUAUUUUGGUUUUCUGCGGAAGUAAGUUUUGUGUCAGUUUUCUUAAUUAGGAUGGAAUAUGAUGUAAGGCUGUUUCAUAAUAUAAGAGAAACAAUAGGAACAAUGUAUGCUAAUAUUAUAGAUGCAUAUUGAUGUAUACUGCUUAUAGAAUUUUUAUCUAUUUGAUAUAUAAAUACAAGCACAAUUUCCUGAUUGUAUUGAAUAAUGAGAGACUAUAAUGAACCUCAGGCAAUUUUUGAGUGCAUAUUAUCUACACAUGAACGGUGUUCAAUGACAAUAAUACUCAUGCACUUUAUAAUACCAACAAUGUCUCAAAAGAAUAUAUUGACAAUAUUAUAAACUAUAUUUGAAUAACCGGCAGGUUUCUCAGUAAGGUUGGUACAUGCACUGUUUUGGGGGUUAAGAUUGCACUAAGAACAUUUGAAUCCCUAUUCCUUCAGGCCUGUGAGCUAUAUUUCAACCUACUACUCAAUAUUUCUUGGACAUCAAUUACCAUUUACUGCCAAAAGCAAGUCUUAAGGCUGUUCCAUUAAAACAUAUAUAGCACUUGGGGAAGACACUUACAAAUUACCACUUACAGACACAAUUUUGUGCCUUGCCUUUGAUAGUUUUCAGGUCUUUGCACCCCUCCAUCCUUAAUUAGGUGCAAGUUUUGUUUUAAGGUAGUUUGCAGACAUGUUUAAUAUGAAGUGACCUGUAAAAAAUAUUUGCUAAAUGAGGAUUUGACAAGAUUUCACCUGCCUAUGGACACAUAUUCUAGUUGAAUUUCCCAGUACGAAAAAGUAAUACCCAUAGUUGAGAGUCCUAAGUGCCUUCCCUAGGUCCCAUGUUUGUUUAACGGAACAGCACCAAGAAAUCCUUGGAUAAAAAGAAGGUUGUUCUAUGUAUGGAUUAUUUUAUAUUGUAAUAUAAUAGAUUAUUUACAUAAGGGAUAUGAUCUGAUAAUUCCUUGUGUAAUUGUGUAAAUGUCAGUGUUUUACUUACCGGUAUUCAUUUUGGUGAAGACAGUGCUUAAAAAAUAAACCCAUGACAGAUUAAAAAGCUCAAUGUACACGUAACAGUAAUGGCAUCAUUGUUU